UCACCCUCACCCUCACCCUCACCCUCACCCUCAUUGCUUCUCCUCUUCCUCCAAUACUUCUUUUGCGGAAAACCCAGUUCCUAAUAUUCUCUCGGAUGUUCCUUUGAGUUAAGAUUAGAUUGAUAGUAAGGUCGCAGAUUCAACUAAUGGCGAAGAAGAAGAGGUCUUCUACAACGCCUUCCGAGAUUCCAGAAAACAAACAAGAAGAACCUGUCCCAGAACAGAAGAAGAAGUCUCCGGCUCCUAAAAAGGCUGGUAAUGAAAUCGAGGAGAUUUUUGCAGGUAUGAAAAGGAAGAAACCCGAUCCAAACGCCACGGAGAAACCAAACGGAGAAGAGAACUCGAAACCCAAACCGUCGAAGAAGAAAAGGAACACAAAGAGUAAAGAAAACAGAGAUGAACGUUUCAGUGAAUCUUCUUCUCGGCCCCGAAGGAAAACAGCCGAUGGUUUUACAAUCUACACUGAAGAAGAACUAUGUAUUGGUAAAUCUGAUGCUGGGAACACACCGCUUUGCCCAUUUGAUUGUGACUGUUGCUUUUGAUAAUGGUAUUUUGUGUUAAUUUUAGUUUAUCGUUAAAUCAAAUUUUGCAAAUUUCAGGAUUUUCUCGGAUAUUGA